CAGCCAACUCAUCCUGUCGGUCAAACCAGCUAUUUAGAACAGCCGAUACAAACAGCCAGCAGCCAACAUCUGACAGCUAACCUCCAAACAAGGCCUAAGUCUCGCAUGGACAAUAAAUUCAUUUAGGGUUUCAAUGCUGGCAGAUUACCUUCUAUCAGCCAUCUGAUAUGUGCAGAUGAUUCGAUGAUCUCUGUUAAUGGAGCCACAAAGGAUUUUCUUAGAUUAAAUGGCAUCACUUAUAAUUAUCUGAUUGCUUCAGGACAAGAAAUAAACUUAGCUAAGAGCAGAUUCUAUACACAUAAGAAAGCCUUUGUUAAAAUGGUUCAUAAAAUGGAAAAAGGCCAUAGAAAUGAAAUGUGGCUCACUACCUUUUACUUAUCUGGGAGCAACCAUGUGCAAAGGCAAGAUGAAGAAAUAACAUUAUGCUAGUAUCAUAGAUCAUUUUGAUAUGUACAUUAAAUUUUGGUUUAGUAUGGUGAUAAACCAAAUGGGCAAGCUGGUGCUUAUCAAGCAGAUUCUGUCUACCAUUCCUCUACAUAUUAUGGGAGUACAUCAGAUACCUAUAUGGCUAAAUGAGUUAUCAAGAUGUUAAAUUAUAGGAUGGCAAAUUUUGUAUGGGGAUUUAAAGAAGGUAAGCCCAAAUACCCUUGUAAAUCUUGGGAUGAAGUUUGCAAAUCAAGUCAAACAGGUGGUAUGGGUAUCAGACCUUUGGAAGAAGUUCAACAGGCAUACUCCUUGAAGCUAUGGUGGAAGAUGCAGAAUGGAGUGGGCAUUUGGCCUGAUUUUAUGAGGGCUAAAUACAAAAAGGGAGAUACUCUCAAAGAAAGGUUGACAGAUUCCUCUACCUGGAAGAGGAUAUGCAGAAUAGAUGAGACUGCAGCAGCUCAUAUUUUUUUUGGAUCAGAUAGAACGCUUUGGAAUGGAGGCCCCUUCACUCUUAAAAAGGCAUAUGAAGAUUGUUAGACAUUCAUAAUUAGUAUAAAUAUUGUUUAUGGAAAUAUUGUAAUUUUGGUAGCUACCAUUAUGAUUCCUAAUUAGAUCUGACAAAGGGACCUUCACUUCAAAAUAGAAGGCCUCUAAAUCUCAUAUGAUGGAAUGGUGGCUUAGCUCAAACUCCAAAAGUCUCAAAGGAAACCCCAGGAUCAUUCUGCCUGGAUAAAUCACCUCGAUCACUCACUCCCAGGCUCAUACAAGACAUUUUUUUACCUCAAUGUUGGUGUUGGAUCAAUAUGGAGAAGACAUAAAGGACAAGGACUUCCAAGGAUGGGGUUUAGAUCAAUUUUGGCUAAAUGGUAGAAAACUUUUGAAGAUUAUUGAUGGAAGAAUAAUUUUUGUGGAAGCUGCCAAGACCACAAGACCAGGGGAGAAUUAACUGUCCAGAAAAACAAUCUCAGGCCAUGAGAUUUCUGUUUGUUCCCUUUGCUAUUACAACUCAUAUGAGGAGCAAGAAGGGGACCUGGCAAGUUCAAGAAGACUUGUAACCUUUAUGCCAUCCAUGUAAAGGUAAAAAAACUAUCCUUUUUUA